AUGGGCAUUCUUCGCCUUCGCCCCCGACGAUCUGCAUUAAUGCAAACGCUCCCACUAAGGCCUUCCCAGCCUUCCACGCACAAUGCCAAUGGAGCAAGAAUAUGUCGGCCCCAACACCACCGACACGGCUCUCGGGAUCGCGACAUUGGGUACAGAGAAAAUACCUACGACGGCGCCAGUGAAAGCUCAGGUGAUGAAUCUUGUUGUGAGGACAAGUCUACGGAAUGGAAAAAUAGCGCAUUGCUUUAUGACCCCAGGAUUCAAAUUGCAAGACAGCAUUUACUACCAGUAGCUCGUGCACAGCUUGAUGAGUUUCUCUCCCAAGCAUACACCGAGCCAUCUCACCACGAACAAACACAACAUGAAUGGCGGAAUGAAAACGGGUGGGAGCUUCCAAUGAACGUCAAUAUAAGUUGCGAUAACAAGGGCCGCGCGAUUGAAGAUUCCUUUGUUAUUAUACCGCGAGUAAGAGGUCCCACCAGGUACCGAUGUCCCUUUCACGGUUCAAAUCCUAAGAAAUAUCUCGCUUGUCUGAUUGAUCACGAACUCCACUCAAUUAAGAGUGUAAAACGGCAUGUGAAGCGGCACCACGCUAAGCCGCCCUACUGCCCCAGAUGCUCAAAGACUUUUGGUAACGUGUCGAAAUGCGACAGGCAUAUCCUGGAGAAAAGAUGCAGAACCGAGACUCUCAAGAUACCAGACGGCAUCAAUUUUUACCAGAGAAGCAGACUCUCCCAGAAAGACAAUCCUCAACUAUCCGACAAACGGCGCUGGGAGCGUAUUUACAAGACGAUCUUCCCGGGGGCUCAAAGCUGUCCCUCACCAUAUCUGGAUAGCGGAGUUGGGCUGGUCGUGUCGAUGGCGCGAGACUUUUGGAGAAUGCGCGGAACAGAGGUAAUGUCAGAGUUUUUGGCAGGCCAGAAUUGGCAGCCAUUUGGCCAAGGAGAUGCUCAUACCGUCUUGUAUGAAUUGGUGAUGUUCGAUCUCAUCUCGCAACUCGUGGAGGAGGCCUGA